AUUUAUACUUCCUAUCUAAAGGGGACACUUAUUCCUAGAAAGUGGUCAUCCUCCCGGAGGCUAGAUGUCUCAGCCUCCCGCAUCGAGGUGGGUCCAUAAGGCCAGCUUCUGCCAAUGGUAUGUGGACACAGGAGACGUGUCCCUUCGGGGAGGAGGUGGUUAAAAGCUGUCUUCAUCCCCUAGUUUCUUAUCUGCCUCCAGAGGCUGGAGACCCGGAGGCCUAGCAGGUGGCAGAGACACACAUGGAAGGAGCUUGGGCAUCAGAAUCACCCCAGGAAAAGCUGCCCACCAAAUGUCCGCAUGGGACUGUUACAUUCACAAGGACUCUGCUCUCAGCUUGAGCUCCGGGUACAAGAACGUGCCUCCUGGUGCCUGCUGUAAUACGACCGUUAGGUUGAGAGCUCAGCUCUCACAUCAAAUAGAACUAGAGUCGAAUGCCAUGUGGUAGACUUCCCAGCCAUGAGAUGGAGAUUUCAGGUUGUGGGUCUCUCUCUGAUGGUCAUCAGUGAUUCUGUAUAGCAGAUGUCCCUUUCCCCACCACGUUGUGGUAGGCAGAACAAUGGCCCCUGAAGAUGUCCCCGUCCCAAUCCCUGGAGACUGUCAAUGUGCUACCUUACAUGGCAAAAAGAAUUUUGCAGCUGUGAUUAGGUUAAGGACCUUCCAAUGGGGAGAUUAUCAUGGAUUACCAAAGCGGGCCCAGUGUAAUCACAAUGGUCCUUAAAGAUGGGAGAAGACAGCGAGUCAGAGAAUGAGAUGACAGACAGGUGUUGGAGUGAUAUGACUGCUGGCUUGGAAGACAAAGAAGACCACGAGCCAAGGGGUGCAGGCAGCUUCCACAGCUGGAAAAGGCAAGGAACGGACUCUCCCCUGGAGCCUUUAGAGGGAGCACAGUCCCGCAACGUUGGGUUCCAGCCCAGCGAGACCCACAUCCGACUCGUCUCCUACAGAGCUGUAAAUGGAAAGAGUGAUUGUCCUGAAGCUCAAAGGCGUGAGGGCGAAUGAGUAGCUUUCCCUGGAUCCAGCUGGGAAAAGGUGGUGAGUGGUGAUCCCGAAGGAUGUAGGGAACAUGUGGCUGUGCACUGGACCUUGAAGGAUGGAAACCACUUCCUGAGGGUGGUGAAUCGGCAAGACCGGAACCUCGGUCCCUGAUGACGCCACGGAGAUGCUGUCUUAGCCCUGGAUGGUCUCCGUCCUCUGCAAUUCUUGCAGGGGCUCUUGGCUUUGGGCCUCAGUGCAAGUCCAUUGGAAAAGGCAGCUGCAACAAUCUAGUGGUCACCAGCAGUCCCAUGAUGGUUCAGCGACUGGGACCCAGUUCACCUCCAGCAAGCCAGGUCUCUACAGCAUGCAACCAGAUCAGUCCUAGCUUACAGAGGGCAAUGAAUGCUGCCAACCUGAAUAUACCUCCUUCAGAUACCAGGUCCCUUACUUCUCGUGAGUCUUUGGCGUCCACGACUUUGAGUCUGACGGAAAGUCAGUCGGCCUUGAGCGUGAAACAAGAGUGGUCUCAUGGCUACAGGGCUGUCCCGUCGCUGCCCUCCAGCCACGGCUCCCAGAAUGGCAUCGAUCUAGGGGACCUCCUUAGCCUUCCUCCGGGGACAGCCAUGUCCAGCAAUAAUGUCUCUAACUCACUGCCGUCCUAUCUUUUCGGCGUGGACAACAGCCACUCUCCUUACCCGAGCCCCCGGCACUCGUCGGCCAGGUCCCACUCGGCCCGCUCCAAGAAGAGAGCGCUGUCCUUGUCCCCGCUGUCCGAUGGCAUUGGGAUAGACUUCAAUACCAUCAUCCGCACCUCGCCCACGUCGCUGGUGGCCUACAUCAACGGGUCGAGGGCUUCCCCGGCCAACGUGUCCCCGCAGCCCGAGGUCUACGGGCACUUCCUCGGCGUGCGCGGAAGCUGCAUCCCCUCGCCGUGCUCCGGGCCCAGCGGCCAGAAGGGCGUGCGGGGGGCGGGCGGGGGCGGGGGCCCUGUGCCCCCGGCCUACGGCGAGGACGGCGCGCUGGAGUACGAGCGCAUGCAGCAGCUGGAGCACGGGGGCCCGCAGCCCGGCCUGGUCGCCAACACGGUGGUGCAGCACGGCCUGCCCGACCCCGAUGGCCAGCCGGCCGGCCUGCUCAAGACCGAGCGCCUGGACGACUUCCCAGGGGGCGCCCUGGACCUGCCCCCCGCGGCCCCGCUGCCCCCGCUGCCGAUGGCCCCCCAGGGCCCCCCGCCCCCCUACCACGCCCACCCACACCUGCACCACCCGGAGCUGGGCCCCCGCGCCCCGCCGCUGGCCCUGCCGCGGGCCGCGCUGGACGAGGACGGCGACGUGGAAGAUGCGGGGGGCAAACACUGCUGUCGCUGGAUCGACUGCAGCGCCCUGUACGAGCAGCAGGAGGAACUUGUGCGCCACAUCGAGAAGGUUCACAUCGACCAGCGCAAAGGGGAAGACUUCACUUGCUUCUGGGCCGGCUGUCCUCGCAGGUACAAGCCGUUCAACGCCCGGUACAAACUGCUGAUCCACAUGCGGGUCCACUCCGGGGAGAAGCCCAACAAGUGCACGUUUGAAGGUUGCAAGAAGGCCUUUUCAAGGCUUGAGAAUCUCAAGAUUCACUUACGGAGCCACACAGGCGAGAAGCCCUAUUUGUGCCAGCACCCGGGCUGUGAGAAGGCGUUCAGUAACUCCAGUGACCGUGCCAAGCACCAGAGGACACAUCUGGACACUAAACCUUAUGCUUGUCAAAUUCCAGGAUGCUCCAAACGCUACACAGACCCAAGCUCCCUCAGAAAGCACGUGAAGGCACAUUCUUCCAAAGAUCAACAAGCGAGAAAAAAGUUGCGGUCCAGCACAGAGCUACAUCCCGACCUGCUCACGGAUUGCCUCACCGUGCAGCCCCUGCCCUCGGCCACUUCCCCGCGAGAUGCCGCUGCCGACAGUGCGGUGGGACGCUCCCCGGGGCCCGGGCCUGACCUCUAUCCAGCCUCCGUCUUCUCCAGCAGUCACUCGAGCCGAAGCGGAGCCCCGCACACUGUCGGUCACCCUUCUCCGGGACACAGCGUGCAGGGGAGCCCCCACCACCCCGCCCCCCAGCUACCCCCGCUCGCGGCCGUGGACGCGGGAGCCGACAGGUUUGUACCUUCUGCCCCAUCCCCUCACAUCAGCCCCCGGAGGGUUCCAGCUGCUUCUUCGGUCAUGCAGAGGACGCAGCCCCCCCACCCCCAGCAGCCAGCGGGCGCGUCGCACCUGAAGUCUUACCAGCCAGAAACAAACGCUUCCUUUCAACCAAAUGGAAUCCAUGUUCAUGGAUUUUAUGGGCAGCUCCAGACCUUCUGCCCCCCACAGUACCCGGACCCCCAGAGAGCCGUGCUGCCCAGCAGCUCGUGCAGUGUGGUGCCUUCCUUCGAGGACUGCCUGGCCCCCACGCCCAUGGGGCAGGCUGGCUUUGACGUGUUCCACAGGGCCUUCUCAGCUCACUCGGGCAUUGCAGUGUAUGAUUUGCCGUCGGGGUCCCCUGGCCUCUUUGGGGACUCUGUGCGUGGCGGGCCUGAAGACGCCACGUUCUUGCAGAUCAGCGCUGUGGACCGCUGUCCUAGCCAGCUCUCCUCUGUCUAUACCGAAGGCUAAAAGCUCCCCUGGCCUCCACUACCACUGGCAUCCGGAACCUUUUCGUCGCUCGCCACCUUGUACUCUCACACCCGCACUGACUGCACGAAGAGGAUGCCAGCCGCUUCCGUGGAACCUGCAAAGUCCCAGGCGUGUCUCUGGAAGGCGGGACUGGUCAGGGCCGGCCUUCCCAGGGCUGCGUGUGGUUGCUGCUGUUUCUGGAUUUGCUGGUGGCCCACAGGACUGUCUCUUCAAAGGGAAUUUAGAGUCACUCUACCGGACACCUGUUCCUUCCAGCUGUCCACUCUCAAAGGACACCAGUGAAAUGACGCACACGUCAAAGUGUAGUUCGGGGACCACCCUCGCACAGAACUCCAAGUAGGGAAGGAAAACCCAAGUUACCAGAAGCACAGAGAACUGCCUCGCCCCGUACGCAUCCUCCCCACUGGCUCCGGCAGGACCCGAUGAGGGAAAUCUGCAUCCAAAGCACCGCUUGGGCUCAGCCGGCGGAGGAGCCCCCCCCCACCCCCCAUCCUGGCACUGCACCGGCCUGGCACCCCGGCGAGCUGGUGCCUCUCUGCUUUUCCCGUCCCCGUGCUAACCAGUCGCUUUUCAGUAUUUCUCCAGAAGCAAAAUGAGGUUCUAUCAAGCACAGUCCCUUAAAAGGCACUACAACCUGUUUUAUAUUCCAGCAACUUAUCUUAGUUCUUUUAUGCUAAAGACUUGUUAUUUACAUCUACUUUUAAAGGAAGAAAAAUAUUUAGAGGUCUGUUCUUUGGAUGGAAAUAGUUAUCUUAAUCACCCCAGCUACAUCCAUUGUAGCCACAGCCCGUGGCCCCUCCUGGUCCCACCUCGCAGCGCCUAGGAGCGCCCCCCCCAGAGUCGCAGUUUUGCACUGAGCGAAAGGCACCGGCGGGAAGUGGGUGGGCCCGACCCCUUCCCAGUGCCGUAGCAGAAACCCUGGUGGGCUGACUGCGUGAGGCGACUCCACCUCGAAGACCUUGUUCAGUGGAAAAGAUCACUUGACUCGUUGACCCUUCGCCUCCGCUCGGGGAAUGCCGCGCCCAGGUCGUGCUAGAAGAUGUGGAACAGGGACACGCCGAGUUGAGAUCCCGGGCUCUCUCAAAAAACCACACGAGAGGUGCCUGAUGUCCAGUUAUCUUGCACAGCCUCUGCUCGCCUCCGUUAGGAUGUCCACUCAUCCGUCUGUCCCUCCCCCGUACUCUCCUCUCCCUCCUCGCUCUUGUCACCUUCUUCUCUGUUCCCGCUCGCCCACCGCCACUGCCUGAGCACCCUUGGCAAGGUCUUCCCAAGGAGCGGGUAGAGGGAAGGCUGGGGCAGCAGAUGUUCGCUUUUUUCAUGUAACCCUAGCCUGGAAUUUCCACAGAGCUCUUGGUCAUUUGAUAGCAAACCUGAAUAGGAAGCCACUUUCUGUGAUGCGUUUACAAAGCUAUUCAAAAAGAUCUUAAGUCGUGCGCGUAAGGCCAUAAAAAUUAGCCACACCCCAGAGACCCCCUGGUAAACUCUGGCGUUCCAGAACUAUCGCGUUUCAACGUUUCUUUUCUCUGUCCUUAAGAAUGGCUUCUGAACACAAAUGAAACAAUGUGGUCUGUCCAACUGGGAUCGUUACGGUCUUCGAGAAGGGUUAACAGCUGGGUGUCCCGGGACAGUUUGUGUCCAGACAGACAGGUCCUUCCAGUCGGGCUCGGCAGUCGCUCACGUGCUGCUUGACGCGGACCGGAUCCCAACACGUCACGGAGAGAGGGGACUAAAGAGCCGCGUGUGGGGUCGCUUUUACGGUGGGCGAGGUCCGCCGACCGCUGAGCUCCGAUCUGAGAAAGGCCAGACCCGCGAGAGGGCCGAGUUACCCACUUGACAAAGAUCUGCGCUGCUUUCCGAAAGGCUUCCCUUCCAGAUGAGCCCUCGGGCCUCCCCCCCUGCAGACUUUGUGGGUUAGGUCACUUGGCCUAAAGGAGGACACGUGCGUGCUACCUGCCAUCCCUUGCAUGUCCUUUGUCACGCUCUGCAAAGGAAGGUAGAGAUCCGGUGUCUUUAGGGAGGCAGCGCGGCCAUUCUCGAACGCUGAGGCCUGCGUGGGGAACUCAGAACGUUCUUCAUGUGUGAGAUGAGGGAGGGAGAAGCUGACAAAAAGCAGGGUUAAUGCAGUGAUGCCUCCGUGCCUCGCGGCUUUUACAUGAUUUACCGGGAGGGAGGGAAGGAAGGCGAAGCCAGAGGCUGAACCUCACAAACCCCUGGGUGUCAUUGUCCUCUUCACCUGGGGGUGAUGCCCCUGUGCCCGCCUCUGGUGUUAGCCCGGCCUCACGGUGGCCCUGUCGCUGCUUGUGGGGGGAGGGGACAGCAGCAGCACCUCAGGGCCUCCUCCCUCAGCAGGAUGGAAGCCAGUCCCCCCCACCCCCCACCAAGGGACCUUGGUGUUAGCAGAGGGAGCGCACGGGAAGCAGAGUCAAGUGCGACCCGCGAGGUCAGCUGCCCCCUCACACACCCGUCAAGCGUAUCCCAGGGGCUGCACGUUGGAGUCGGGGCCUCAGGGCAUGACACAUUCAGGUUCCUUAUAGACGGCACAGGCUGUCCUUAGAGUCCAGAGUCUCCCCUGACCUUAAAAUCUGCCCCUUGCUUACUUCCAGUGUCGUGCCAGAUUUAUAUCUGCAUUCAUCAUCAUGUCUGUAGCAGUGAAAGUAGAAACUUCGAGAAACUCACUCCCUUCCAUUUCCUGGCCUUUUUAGUCUCGAUAUUGUAACCAUUUUCAUCAACAUCUGAGCAGAGAUUGUCAUUCCCCUGUUUUGAAAAAAACUGGUGAAAUACACACAGCACAAAGCCAAUUAUCCUAUUACAUUAAAAAAAAAAUCAGUCUGCUUAGAGACAUUUCAUUUGCUGCAUUGUCUUAAUUCCCUAAAGGGACCAUUUCAAAAUGUCAGUUGUAAUUUAGCCUCUGAUCGGCCGUUAAAUAUUAUUUAAGUAUUUGCUGGUCCUGUGGGGUGUCUCCCUUUAACCAUGUCUCCCCCAAAUUGCACAGGUGACUCGAAGUGGACGGAAGGCCUUCAUGGGACCCCCUGAUAGAACAGGGGUGGUGUGGUUCUGUCGUGUUUCACUUACCAGCUGUCGAGCACAUUAGUGUACUCGAGCAGAGGUAAACGUUCAACUCCCCUGUCUGUCCCAGAACCUGGACUUUCCAGUUGUCUUGAAGUAUUGGGAAUAGUGACUGUAAAUGUCCAAUUCAAUUAUUUGCUAUUUUAUUUGUCUGUUUUGACCAUGUCAUUUUAUAGCAGCAUUUUUAAUGGCACUUUUUGUUGGUGGUGUGGAAUUUCUGCGGUUAUCUUUUUUUUUUUUUUGCAAUGGAUAAAGCAAAAAAAAAAAAAAGAAGAAGAAGAAGAAGAAAAGAUUUAUUUUGUACAGACAGCAGAACAUCCUGUGUAAUGUUGCUGACAUAAAGCACUUUGGGGGGGGAGUGGAAAUCUGUUUUCCAUAAAUCACACAGACUCUUGUACAUAGUUAUAUACACUCACGUAGAGAAAUGAACUGCGUAUAUCAAACUGGAUAUGGGGCCGAUUUUACUUUAGGGGCACACAUCUGGUGCUUAUUGUCAUAAAUCUUUUAAAGAAUUAGGUACACUUUUUUUCUAUUAAUAUGUAUAGUUUUGUGAUUUGUCACAGUUAUGUUUCGUAUAAUCAUAAGUUAUUUUGUCUUGUUUCAUGAAGUCCUUUUUUUUUUUUAUGUCAAAAGUAAAAUGAAGGGAUUGUGCACUUGGUACAGAAUAAAACUGGAAAUAGGACGCCCACCUGCCUGCAAUCUGCCUUCGGCAUGCCCUUUCAAAACACAAUGGCAACAGCCAUUUUGUUUGUUUGUUUGUUUUAUUGUUUUGUUUUGCCGCAAGCCUCCUUCCUUUAUGGGGAUGGUAAUUAUAAUUAAAAGCAGAUGGGGGUGGGGGAGGGCCGGUCUAAGGCCGGCUUUAAAAUGCCGCAUUGCUUUGGCCCAGAGCUGCAGCCUGGAUUUAAUUAUAGAUAUGAGGACGAAAUGGCAGUAAAAAUGAUGUGUCCCUGAAUCCUUUACAUGUUGGGAGUGUCCAUAAAUAAAACAUGAAGUUUUAUUUCAUCAGAUUUAAUUAAAGCUUUUAUACAUGUUU